AAAAUAUACUGAUGAUAACUGUAGCCUUUUCCACUCUAUGUUGCUCAUGAGAUCGGUUAAAGAACUAAGAAUUUAAUAUUGUUUAAUUGUAAAGAUUAUGUUUGUAAAAUGUACACUGUACAGUUUCGGUACUUGUCUAUGAUUUUUGUUUAUUCAUACAUAGUCAUUAUUUGAACACUGACAUAUACGUUUAUUUGUUAUACUUUGCUCAACAAAUUGCUUCACCAUGAAUGAUUGUUUUCAAAAUGGAGUUAUAGAUUUAGAUCUUUUAUCAGAAACUAACGGAUUUCGAUUUAGUCAGUACAGUGGACCAGUUGACUGGGAAAAUAUAGAAAAAAUUAAAGUCAAUGAUAUAGUUGAGAAAUCUGAUAUUAAUGGUUUAUUAGUACUGUUGAAUAGUAUUCUAAACUAUGAUGUUGAAAAACUUAGCCCAUCAAAAAAGAUAUUUCGUUUGUCUCAGCUAAUUAUUGACUAUUUGCUAUAUUUUUCAAAAAGUUUGUCAUCAAAAGUGAAUGUUAACAAUACACCGAACAUUCAGUGUGAAUUAUGUGGUAAACAGUUUUCGAAUACUAGAUACUUGCAUUCCCAUCAAAUUCGACGUCAUAAAUUAGAUUCAUGUUCCAAUUCUUGUACAAAUUCAUUCAAUGAGGACAUAGGAAGUUUAAAAUCAGAACUUAUUGAAUUGAAAUCAAAAUUAAAUACUCGAUUAGAAGUUCAAAACCAAUCACAGACCUCUGCAGAGAAUAUAAUGACACAACCUAAUUUUGACUGUGGGGAUAUCCAUAAAAACAAGUUGCUGUAUCAUCUGAUAUCACAGCCAGGUGAUAAUCCUAUGCAAACACAAGAAAUGUAUUGGAUACAAAAGUACAAAUGUUUAGAAGAAAAGUACAAUAAACUACAACAUGAUUGUAAUAAUUAUCAAAUGCUUAGAAAAAGUCCUUGUGUUCAGGAUAGUUAUCAACAGUGCAAUUUGUACGGAACGGAAAAUUGUUCUAAAUACAUCCAAACCGAUUCUGUACUUCUUAAUAGUAAUACAAAAAGUGUUCCUGAAAAAUUGUCUCAAUUGAAUAAUGAAUAUUUACUAGAUAGUCCCAAUAGAAGAGUUAAUAACUUGACACAAGAUCUAGUACAGGGUGAAGAUAAGCCAGGCUUAGAUAAUCAUCUGUGGAAUGACGAAGAACGAUUGGAUAGAGACUUUUACGAGUUGAAGAAAUUAAGAUUAGAAGCUUGUAUGAAUCGUGUCAGUUAUGAUACUAGUCCUGACUGUUCGGUGUCUUUGCUUCCAGCAGAUAGAAUAACAUUUAUUUUAGUACUUGGAAAAUCAAUAGUAAAUGAGUUGUUUAAAAAUAAUGGUGUAUUGGAUUUAAUUAAAUGCGAUGUCAAAGAUAUAGUUACUAAAAGACUGGAAGAUUAUUUUUCAUAUAAUGAUAAUGCUUUAACUGAAGAAAAAGACAUUGUUAACAAUUCGAGUUUGAUUGAAAAAGAUUCCAUUAAUGAAAUAACAACUGCCAAUGAUGAGGUUGCAGAAAAAAAACAGCACAAAGAUAAUGUUACUGUUCUUUCAAAACUAAAAAAAGCUUUGCGGUUUAAAAAAUCGUUGUCUUCUGAUGUGAAUAGUAAGAAAUUGGAAUAAAAUAAAAUAAAAAAUAAAUAGUACCUGUAUAACUUGGAAUUGAACGACACUAUAUCAAAAGUAUUUGUUGACGUUUUAAAAGUAUUGUCCAAACUUACAACUAUUGUUUUGACUAUUCACGUUAAAAUUCUACUUUGGGAAUCACGUUACCAAGAGACCUGAUCUUAUUAUUCUUGAUGGAUAUUUGCAAUAUUUCUUCCAUAACACAAAUAAUAAUUAUA